UCACAACUCACGACUCACACCACAAUCAUGGCCGACACACAAUUUGACAGUGCUCUUGACCUCCUUCGUCGCCUCUCCCCCCGUGACACUGGCAAAAACCUACAGUCAAUCACAAACCUCGUCCCAGACCUAACCGAAGAUCUUCUCGCCUCCGUCGACCAACCACUCGAAGUCCGAAGAUGCUCCAAAUCCAACCGCGACUACCUACUAUGUGACUACAACCGGGAUGGAGAUAGCUAUCGAUCGCCAUGGAGUAAUGAGUUUGAUCCCCCGCUAGAAGAUGGUACGGUACCUAGUGAGAGGGUACGGAAGUUGGAGAUUGCGGCCAAUGAGGCUUUUGAUGUUUAUCGGGAGUUGUAUUAUGAGGGCGGAGUCGGAAGUGUCUAUUUUUGGGAUUUGGAUGAUGGGUUUGCAGGGGUUGUAUUGUUGAAAAAGGGUGUCACGCCUGGUGGAAAGAGCUCUGGAGCCUGGGACAGCAUUCACGUCUUCGAGGCUACUGACCGUGCUCGCAUGACACAUUACAAAUUGACCAGCACCGUGAUCCUACAUUUGUCUAACGAGAGUGACGCCCUGGGAGAAAUGAAUUUGAGCGGAAACAUGACGCGACAAGUCGAGGCCGAUCUACCGUUUGAGUCUGAUGCUAGUCAUGUCGCGAAUGUUGGUAGACUUGUGGAAGAUAUGGAGUUGAAAAUGAGGAACCUGCUGCAGGAGGUCUACUUUGGCAAAGCCAAGGAUGUCGUCGGCGAUCUUCGAAGCAUCGCUCCUCUAUCAGAGACAAACCAAGAGAAAGCCGCCCAUCGUGAGAUGAUCAACUCCAUGAGCAAGCGAUAAACAUGACGUCUCAGACUAAAGAAGCGAUCAAAUUCCCCGGCUUAGUUCCAUGUCUGCUCUUGUAAAUAACUAAGACUCUUCCCAUGAACAAGCAUAUCAUUUCUAUUGCCGAUUCUGUCAGAAUGCAUGGUACGGUACGUAUGUUGAGGUAGCGGUAGCACCAAGAUGAUAUGCAAGCCCAAGCGGGUUGUCGAUGGUACAUAGCGUAGUCCAGCUUCACAGAUAUAUGUUGCGAACAUGGUGCAGAUAUUUCCAAGCCUCGAAGGCUGGUAGACGACUUUAGAUUGUUGAUAUAACAGGCGAUCUCACGAAUCGGUAUCCAUCGUCUCAGUCUUCGGAGCAGUAUCUUGGCCUCGAUUCAAAAACUCCCGCGCAGCAGCCCAUGACUCAGCUUCUUUAUCCUUUCCUACUGUAUCUUUGCGACUAUUCAACCAGCUGACCUCAAGAGGAUUGAAUGUCCCUGCAGCUGUUCCUGCUCCCGCGCCGCCAGUCGUAGUAGAUCCAAUACCUGAAUCACUCUUGAAAGAAACGUUGUUCGCAGUCGCGGA